UUCGACAGGCUCGGUUCAGAAUCGACACCCGCGUCGACGAGUCAAGUGGUCGGCCGCCCUUUCUUUUCUCCGCGUCGGUUGCGAGGAGGUUCUCCGAGUCCCCACCAUGGGUCGCAAGCGGAAGUUGACCUCCCCGGUCAAGCAAGCCGCUUCGGCGGAAAAGCAGCCGAGAGAAGAGCAACCGCCUCAGGAGGAGGAGGAGGCGGAACCGACCGAGGUCGAACUGGCCAUUGUCGAGGAACCGGAAAGUGAUCCGCUGGCCACGCAAGGGCGCCAGGAUGUGGACGACUCUGAUGGCGGUGGCGACGAUGGCACCGGAAGCGAAUGGGAGGACAAGUGUCGCCAGUGGGUGGUACGACAGGAGCAGCCGGAAUCGACCGUACCGGAACCACUGCAGGAUCACGACCACGACGAGGUGGCCCAGCUGACCUCGAAUGCCCUGCGGCGUCCACUUCGGGACCAGCUCAAGGAUUUGACCGAGAAACAAAUCCAGAACUCGGUCCUAUUUGACUGCGAGUGGGAGCGCUGCGAGUUCGAGAGCAACGACGACCUCGAAUACACGAAGCACGUUGAGGGGCACGCGCAGCGUUACCUAGCGGAAGCCGUUGAGUCGGAAGGGCUCGUCUGCUACUGGGAUCUGUGCGACUUCCGUACGUCGUCGGCGACCGAGCUGGAGAGCCACGUGCACUUUCACGCGUACCACAGCCGCAUCAAAACGUACGGUGCCAGCCUGAACACGUGCAUCGACAUUCCCAAGUGCAACAACGAGAGCCGGCGGCGAAAUCACAUCGAGAUGUACAAGGCGUCGUUCCGGUGCGAGUGGGGCAACUGCGACGAGCGGUUCAACAAGGUGGUGCCGUUCUUUCAGCACGUCAACGACCACGUCCGGGAUCAGUUUCCGGUGGAUAGAAAGUCCACCAAGGAAAUUAUCAAGUGCGAGUGGACGCACUGCCCCCAGCAGUACUGUCGUCGCAGCGUUGCGCUCGAGCACGUUCGUAGACACUCGACCGAGCGGACCAUCGGCUGCUACAACUGUGGAUCGGUGUACACGUCCCGGCUCAAGUACAUCGAGCACUGCCGACGCCAGGUGGACUACCAGCUUCGCGAGAUUCCCUGCCCGGACUGUGAUAAGCUGUUUGCGACCACGCAGCUCAUGAAGGACCACCGGGCCGUGCACAAUAAGCGGUACGAAUGUCCGCAGUGCCCGAUGAAGUGGCCCUCGCAGAAGGCACUGGCCUGCCACAUCCGGUACCGCCACAUCAACGAAAAGCCGUACAAGUGUCAUCUGUGUGAGCACCGCACCGUGACCAAGGCCGAUCUCGACGAGCAUAUAAUAACCCACGACGACCGCAAGACGUUCCGGUGCGAGGAGUACGGCUGCGACGCGGCCUACAAGUGCCAAAAGUCGUUGAAAAAGCACGUGGAUAUGGCCCACUACGGGUACGGUCCAUCCGUCUACGCGUGCCACCUCUGCAAGAACACGUACCGCGCGGGGACGAACCUGUCCAAACACCUGGAAAAGAUCCACCACCUGAAGCGGCCGCCGGGCUUCAACCGGAACGUGUACCGAGCCGGCGACGACGGCAUCUUCCGGUUGCGUAUUGACGCCGACAUGGCCUCGACGAGCGAAGAUCCGCCGGCAAAGUCUUCCGCCUCGAGACCGCGCCAAUUACGGAAGAUACUUCCAAAGCCAAGCUCCACCGAUGAUGACGAUUCGGACGACCUGGCCGAAGACGAAGAACAGGAAGACCGGGAGCCGGACACCUUCACCAGCUACGAGAUAGCAACGGUUCAACCGCUGUCCAAGGCCAAGUUCGCGAUCGAGCUGCGUCCCGGCGAAGAACUGCCCACGCCACGACUCACAAACCCACGCCGGAAGCGCUGCAAAUCCCCGGAGACAGCAUCCUCUUCGGAGCCCCACUCGGCGUCUUCCCCACCGCCACCUGCGCCCUGUCCAACGCCACCACUGGUGCAGCUCAAGCAGGAACCUCGGUGCGAUUCGCCGGGUUCGUCGUCCGCAUCGGCGGCCAAAAACAUCGACGACUUUACCGUGAUGAGGCGCUACCUGAAGGUGGAAAAGACGGAAAAACCGGUCCUGAUCUCGUACGAGGAAACGAACGCGGCCGGCAGCGUCAUCCGGAGCGAAACGGUGCAAACGAGCGAGAUCAGCCGCGAUCGGCUCGGGCGGAGCGAGUUGAAUUAAGUGUGUUGUGAAUGUGUUGAAUUUUAAACCUAAAUUGUAAGUAACUUAUUGAACUAAAAGAAAUAAUCUCGCGUAGAUGCGUAUUAGAAAUGAUAAUAAACAAUGAUUACGUAUAUGAUGAAGAAGAAGA